GGUGCUGCUGCGGCGGCGGCAGCGCGGGUUCUUCCGGGCUCUGCAGCUUCCUGCUGAGCACCGCGCAGCCGCCUCGGCCGCGGGAGCCCCCGGCGCAGGCCUCCGGGGUGCAAGCCUCCGGGGCGCAGAAUUCCUGGGUGCAAGCCUCCCGGGCUCAGGCUUCCGGGACGCAGACCUCCGCACCGUGCGCACAGCGCACCAUGAGCGCCCUGCCGCCGCCGCCGCCGCCGCUGUCCCCGCUGCUGCUGCUGCUCGCUCUCCUGGCUGCGCCCGCCGUCCUCGCUCGCACAGCCGAGUCCGCCUCGGCCUCGCAGCCCGAAGUGGAGCACCAGCUUCCGCCUAGCCUGGGGAAUGCCACCCGGCUGGGACCUGGCGUGACGGGCGGGGGCGGCUCCAACAGCAGCGGCGACGCCGUGGUGACCCGUAUCUCCAGCCUCCUUCGCGACCUGCCCACCCUGAAGGCGGCGGUGAUCGUGGCGUGCGCCUUCAGCGCGCUGCUCAUCGCCUGCCUGCUGCUGCGCGUCUUCAGGUUGGGAAAGAGGUUAAAGAAGACCCGCAAGUAUGACAUCAUCACCACUCCUGCUGAGCGUGUGGAGAUGGCCCCACUGAAUGAGGAGGAUGAUGAGGAUGAGGACGCCACAGUAUUCGACAUCAAGUAUAGGUAAAGUUUUUCGGGCAUGUCAGCAUCCUGGGGGACGUUGGUCAGCUGCAGCCUGGGAUAUGAAGGUCUGAGCACCGGCUCUCACCUGAGGUGUUGAAACCAAACCCAAUGUUACUUAUGAAACUCUGACUCCACUCUGUGUCCAGCAUCUACUUGGAACGCCACCAUCAAGCUUGUCCCCAAUCGCCAGAUGAGACUCACCUCGGCCACCCUUGGAUGACCCUUUGAGAUGCUCUUUGCAUUCCUUCCUUGAGGGUUUUUUUUUUCUGCCUUCCUAAGAGGCGAAGAUGAGAACAUCGAUUUCUAAGAAUCUUUCUAGAACAACUAUAGAUAACAGUAAAGCUACAAUUAGGAGGAUCAAUAAUUUUAAAAAGCUAGGAAGAUAGCUUAGUUCAUAGCCUGAUUACCUUAGAAGCAGGGGAUACAAGUUUUGCCCCUGGAGCUCACAUAAGACAGAACUAGCAUGAGGGCCCACACCUCUAAUCCAGUGUAGGGAAGAGGCGAAGCCCUGGGGUUGACUGCUCAGCCAGCCUAACCUUGUGAGUGAGUUCCGAUGAAGACACCUGGUCACAGAAACAGUGGAUGACCCCAGAGGAACGAUGCCCAAGGUUCAUUUCUGGCCCCUACACACGUUUACCAACACACAGCACACAUACACACACCCUCAAAAGCCUGAAGGGCCUUCAGAUGUACCUAGGAGAAUCCUGGCAUUUUGUUAUUCCAGAUCUUUCCACCAUCAUCAGGUCUGGUUUUAUUUGGGGGACAGCUAUGUGACAUUUCAGAGUGAACAUACAAGCUCCCCGCCCCACUCCACCCCGCCUCUUCUAAGAGGUUCGGCAUAAAUAGGAAUGGCUACUACACACAUUUCAAAUUUUCAGGGAUCAGACCACAUGAGUGUGUGUGUGUGUGUGUGUGUGUGUGUGCGUGUGCGUGUGUGUGUGAGAUGUAAAAACGUUUCUCUCUCCUGCCUCACUGUUGUGUUGUUUGUCUUAGGAGUAUAAUGCUAAGAAGAAAUCACUGUGGUAAUUUAAAUGAAUGAUACUUUGGUUGGUUGAAAAAAAAAAAGAAAAAAGGGACACUAUCAGGGACUCUGUUGGCAGUCCGUCUGGGCUAGGUUGCACUAGACUGGACUAGAAGCUCUCCUGGGACCACUGCACCUAGCCUGGGAGCUGGGUACCCAGAGAUGCCCCGAGGAAACAGGUCCUGGACUAACUGCUCAGGUUAACGGAGGUCUCCCACUUGGUCUUCUCCCAUAUUGUGGUAGCUCGGAUGCUGUGCAAAUCUCAUAGCAGUGCCUUUGGGACCCCGGGAGUGUAGUAUGUCUGGAAAGACUGCUGUUAUUGCCUUGUUUCCUUUCUGUUUUUGUUCUAGAGUUUGUGUACUUGUCUGUUUGAUGCCCUGCUCCAUUGCUUUGGGUAAAAUCCCCUACCAUGGCCAGCUCCGCCCCACCAUCAGACUCUCCAGCCCCUGACUGGGGCUGUGGUGGUGGCAGUAGGUAGAAAGAGCCACCUUGGCUCUGGAGCCUGGCUGGGCAUGGGUGCUUUGCAAUCCUAACCCAUCACGGAGUGGCCUGUUCUUCUGGGCUCCCUUAAUCUCAGUUCUCAGUUGGUUUCUCUCACCCUCCUGCCCCGCUAGUCAGAGGGGUGGGGCUUGAAGCAGAGCAGGUGGCUCCAUUCCCUCACUGUGUAGUCACAGCACAGUGGCGAUUCUAGGACACUGGCCACCUUCAAGCUGUGUGCCCUGCCCUCUCAGCCUUGGAGCUGGGACUGCCACCUCCCAUUCAGGUGUCCCGGGACUACAGGUGACCACCUAGAGAAGCUGGAUUCUCCUGCCUUAUGUGUGAACACCAUGGAUCCGGCUGCCAGUCCCUCAUUGCUGACUCUGGCAAGAAUAGCAGGACAGUGACCUUACAAAUCCUUGAUGAAACUUCAACACCGCAGGCACUUAAAUAAAGAUCCUUAAAACAAACAA